CCGAGCUGCGCGGCCGGCCUGUCGCUAUGCGGUGGGGGGCCGGCCGCCGUCCUGCUUCCUAAGUGCCGCGGCUCCCAUCCAAGCGGGUCCGCACCGGGAGCGAAACAAAUCACAGCUACCGACUUUAGGCGUCAAUUACACAGGAAAUGUUGCCAAAAGCCGGGGAAUGAGGGGACAUCUCUCCUAUCAUGGCUCCACAGCGGACGGCGUCUCCCGCGCCUCUGCCGCGCUGGGAAAUGUCGCUAUACUGGCUGCUGUCCCUGGGAUCUCAUUUUUACUCCUUUUUCGAGCUGCAUAAAUUCUCCAAAGAAUAUGAAGAAAGAAUUGGCCGAGAAUUUGAAUUGGAGGGAGGAUUCCUUAUCUGGGGAUUCAAAAAGGACCCCACAGACUUUGAAUGGAGUUUCUGGAGCGAAUGGGCAAAAAAAUCAUUGCUCUGGUCCUUCCUCGGCCAUGCAGUUAUAUCCAGGUUGUCUGGUCUCUUCGCUCCACGGGCCAGGGUGGCGGUUCUGACAGCCUAUGGCCUGGUGGCAGCCUGCCACUUGCUGGGCAUCAGGGGCCUGGCGGUGGUGCUGCUGCACAUGGCCGUGUCUUUCAGCGUGGCACAACUGCGGAAGCCCGCCCUCUGCUGGGCCAGCGCCCUCAUGCUGCUCUCCACACUACACCUGGACUUCCUGGGGGAGCUGCAGAGAGGCUGGUAUGAGACGGAGGCGGAGUACUACCUUCUGCUUUUCAGCGUGGCAGUCUGCAGCCUCCGCUCCAUCAGCUACAGCUUGGACCACUGUUGUCGCCCCCUAGUGGUGGGGAGGCCCUCAGACUUCUUCUGGCUGACCGCUUACACCUUCUACCACCCCCUGUUCUACAAUGGACCCAUCAUCAGUUUCCAGGAUUUCAGCCAGCACAUGCAGGGCACCAGCGGCGGUGACACCAGCCCGAAGCUGGGCCUCCUCCCCCUGCUCCGUAGCGCUGGCCGGAUCCUAGCCUGGUGGCUUCUGGCUGAGACCUUGGUCCACCUCAUGUACAUGCACGCCAUCCAGAACAACGAGACCUAUCUGCAGAUACUACCCCCAUGGGCCUUGGGUGGUCUGGCCCUGGCGCUGGUCCAGUUCUUCUACGUGAAAUACCUGGUGCUGUUCGGUCUGCCCGCCCUGCUGGCCCGGCUGGAUGGACUGGAGCCGCCCCCACUGCCCCGCUGUGUCAGCACCAUGUACAGCUUCACCGGGAUGUGGAGCCAUUCCCAGGAUUGUCUCUACAGAUGGUUAACACGGUACAUCUACCUCCCUCUGGGGGGAUCUCGGAAGGGCCGUCUCCGCAUGGCGCUGUCCACUUCCCUGGCCUUCGCCUUCGUCUGCUUCUGGCAUGGCGGCCACGACUACCUGCGGAACUGGGCCCUGAUGAACUGGGCCAGCGUGACGGUGGAGGCCGCGGCGCGAGCUCUGCUCUCCUCGUCCUACGCGUCCAUGGUGGUGCAGCACUGCCUGUCCCCGCCCAUGAGAAGACGAGCUCAGGCGUUCCUGUCGGCCUUCUCCACCGCCAUGCUCAUCCUGUCCAACCUGGUCUUCCUGGGAGGGAACCACGUCGGCAAGAUCUUCUGGAAGCGCGUCUUCAUUCACGGCUGGUCCACAGUAUUUCCACCAGUACUGCUGUUCCUGUACUGCUACGCACAAAUCGGACUGGAAUGGGACGAGAGACUCUGAGCAGACCCGCCAUCCAUGGGCCCUCUGGAUUCGGACUGGAAGCACCGUGGUCCAGGAUGUAGCGCUACGCUGGUGCUGUCAGCUCUGUGAAUCCCCCUACACAAAACACUGCCCCCCACUGGAAAUUUCAAGAUGACCACAACGUGCACCAUGAUUUCCAUCUGUAUCAAGGCAUUGAUUCUACUUAAUUCCUUUGUGGCUUGUCUUCAAUUGUUUGGCACAGUGACGCGAUUUAAGGGGACCACGCCUCAAUCGUUGGAUUUGCAGCCCUGGCAAUCCAGUGCAUUUGUUUGGUAACACUAAAGGGGAUAAGCCGCUUUGGGGAGCCAAUCAGAUUAGGGAGCGGGUUAAAGAGAAAUCCUAUCUAAUUACUACAACUCUUCUAGCGUCUAUGUGACACGUCUGUCUGUAGAACGUACUGGGGUAUUAGGUUUUAAACAGCUUAUUGUAAGAAUGCAAACCUAUUACAAGUGGAUUAGUGAUGUAGAAAUGAAUUAAAUUCCCGUAUUAGAUGUAAGGGCUCUAUUCCUUUUGGGGAGGUUUGUCGGUGACGUGUCAGGCUGGCUGUCAGGACGUCACAUGCUGCUGUUCAUGCUGCCUUAUUAGGAUGUUGCCUGGUUUGGUGCAAGCUGUGGGUGUUGCAGUUAAUUACGUAUGCUCCCAGAUUUGUUACAAGGGGUGCUAGCAGUCGCCUACCUCAGCGUCUCCCCAGCUCCCCCUAUGUGAAUGACAUGCCCUCAUAAUUAGGCCUGACUGUGACUCUGCAGGUAUGGGGCAGUCCUGUCUGUAACUGAAACACCCUCAGCAUGCAGGGCUUUGUGUCUGGCUGCCUGGUCCCUCAAUUCCGUGUUAUGAAACUGCAUUGGGAUAAAUAAGUAUAUAUUAAAAUUUUAGGGAUCAGGCGUCAGCAUUGUCGCAUCACACCUCUGGGACUAGGGUUCGAGUCUCUGCCCCAGCUCUACAUGUGCGGAGUUUGCAUGCCCCCCCCCUUCCAUUCCUGCCUUGUGCCCUGCGAUGGGUUGGUGCCCCAUCCUGGGU